AUGGAAGAGAUAGAUACAGCCGAAUAUGAAGAUUUUGAAAUGAGCUACCCUCCCAAGCUCAGCUUUGAGGAGCUGAACAUUCAUCUGUUAAACACCCAGUACCAUAUUUUGAAGACUAGACCUGAGAUUUUGAAAACUUUUUAUUACUAUUCAAAGGACAAGAAGAAAAGUUCCAGAAUUAUAUCUGAUUACUACUGGACGCUCAUAGUUCCUUUCAUUCAGGAAAAGGACAAGAAAAUAAAAUAUUUUGGCAUCAAGCUGCUUAACGAACUAGCUCAGAAUGAAGGAUCUCAUGCACAGAUUUUGCAACAAGUUUCAAAUAGAUCCAAAAAGAGGCAUCCAUUGAUUACUAUCUUCAAUAAUAUAAUGCAUCUUAAAAAGAAAGAACUGACCCAAUCUGAGAAAGACCAAUAUGAAGUGUACUUAAAUGUCUUGAGAGACCUCAAAGGCAGAAGUUUUAAUCAAAUAAUAAAAGAGAGGAUGAACAUCGUUAUCAUUAUCAUCAAGACCAUCAAAAACGCAGAAUCCACUGCCAUCUUAAACGAGUCAGUCAAGCUAAUAAGACACUUGGCAAAUUCAAAAUAAAGUUAUAGAGAUUCUCUAUGAAAAAGAGACAUUGGAGAAUAUAGUCGAAGAUAAGAUUCUAGAGGAGUCUGACACCUCUACUCAAUGUCUCUUUCUUGAGACUAUCUCUAUUGCUUGCUCAUACAUAAAUUUUCGGAGAAAAUUUGUGAAGCCUAACUUACUGAAAAUAAUAUUUGGGCAGAUAAAAUCUAUUUCUGCUGAUGUCACCCUCCAAGCACUAACAAUUCUUAAAAAACUCUCAUAUGACAAAGAAAAUCAAGAGGAACUUUAUAAUCAUAACAUCAUUGGAAGUCUCAUAUAUGUAUUCAAAUGGCUGCAUUACAAAAAGCCUCAUGCCAAGCCUCCCAUUUCUUCUUCAAAGGAAAGCACAAAGAAACAAACUAAAGCCUCUAUUCAUGUUAAUAUUUACAGACAGAUCUCAGAGACUUUCAUGAAUAUCCUCCAGUUCCACGAGAAUCAUAACAGGAUUCUUAAGAAAGGGGAGCAAGGUCAUACUGAAAUUAUUGAUUGCAUUGUCCAGCUAGGAAGAAGCGUUGAAUAUACUAGAUGUGCACAGACCACUCUAUACUGAGCAAAAUCACUUGCCCAUAUCACAGAGAUCCUAGAAUGCCACAAAUUAGUUUCAUCAGAUGAAGCAAUAGAGCUCAUGAUAGACAUCAUAAAGGACUCUAGUAAUGUGGACCAUCACAGAGAAGGGUGCAGGUUCUUUGCCAAUCUGAGUUUUCAGAAAGAUUACAGAGAGCAUCUUAUGAACAGAGACAUUGCUGUUUACCUGUUGAAGGCCAUAGACGGAAGCAAGGAUACCAUUAAGCAUAGUGCCAUUGCAUUAGCUAACCUCAGUUCUCACAAAGAUUUCAUGAGGCAUGCUGUCAUUAACGAUCCUUCGGAGAUGCCUGGAGGAGGAGACUCUUCUUUCAAACACCAGGUAUCUUUUAACGCAAGGAAAAGCCAAGUUAGGCCUUUGAUCCAUCUUCUCGAUUCAAAUAUUGCUAAUAAUCUUAAUCUGAUUCAAUCGGGAUGCAUUACUCUGUGCAACAUGGCCUCUAAGCCUUCCUUGCAUGUGUUCUUCAUUAAUGAGCCAGAAAUUUCAACUAUCAAGAACUGCCUGGUGAAUCCGAUCAGUAAAGAUCUGACUCGAUUCAUGAUAAAACUUGUGUGAAAUCUCACGAAGAAUACCAAGAUCCUUCCUCACCUAGUCAAAAAGGGCUUUGUUGAAAUAUUAAUCAAGUUAUUGUACCAGCGAGAACAUAAAGAAAUAUUCGGAAAUGUAGUCACCGCAAUUUCUUACAUGUGUGUGCAAAAAGAGUGUAGAGACCAGAUCAUAGAGCGAAAGAUCCUUGGACCCAAAAUUCUAGAGCCUCUUGUUCUUGCUCAUGACGUUGAUCAGAAACUGAUCGUAAUCGCUCUGACUCAAAUGCUAUUCAACGGAACAGAACUACAGAGAGAGUUUAUCAAAAGUGGAGGCUUAGGCAAACUUCUAUUCUUUAUGCAGAACAAGAAUGAGAAGAUCUUCCAGCAGCUCGCUUGCAAGUGCUUUUCGUUAUUGUCUGAAAAACAAGAAAAUCUCCAAGAAAUCCUUGAUAAAGAGUGCCUCAAUACCAUCAUCGUAUCUUCGUGCUUGAAGAACAAGGAAAUAGAUCUAGAAACUUACAAGGAAAUUAUCAAGAUUUUUAUCAAUCUAAUUUUGUGGUGUAAACUCAAGCCCGAAAUGAUUGAAACAACUUGCUGCAUUUGAGAUAUUGGCUUGAUGAUCAAUGACAGAGACAUGAAUGUGUUGAGCAUGUUCUGCCUUAACGCUCUCAGUGAAAACAGCCAGAGUCAUGUUCAUUUUAGAAGAUCUAGCUAUCUCGCUGAAGAUGGUGAAACCAAAAACGAUCCUUCGAAACUUUCGAAAUCCAACCAUCAAAUGCCAGCAGGAAUCUUUAGCGACCCAGAUAACAGAAGAGGCUCUGGCUCAAGCAAAGAUAGCAAGAUUGGAAGUAAUUCGAUAUUUAAUAGAGUUAACUAUUUACUUAUGAAUUGAAAACAAAAAGGCAAUCCUUCCUCUGCUCUCCAAGAUCUUACUCAGAGAGACAAUGAAAUGGACGAUUUGCUAAUCACACUGAUUUGUUCUUUAUACCUAAAUCUUUCAAGGAAUCCUGAGAAUAUUCCUGAGUUAGUGUCUCUAAGACUUUUUGAGAAGCUUAGUGGAGACAUUACAAACAUCUUUAAUGAGUCUUGAUUUUUGUACACAACCUCAAUUUUCUCAAACAUGCUUGAGAAUGAGAUAACCCACUCUGCAUUCAUGGAGGAGAAAGGGUAUGAAUUUUUCUUUAAGAUUCUGAGCAACAAAGAGAAGCAUCAGCAUUUGUUUCUUGAAACUUUAGAUUGUAUAAAGCUAUUGCUUGCCAAGAGAGAAUAUUUGCCACAUUUCAAGAAAAUAAUAUACCUUGAUCAAGAGCAGAAUAAUUUACAAGUACUUUCGAUUCUUUCGUUCGAUUUGAGGCAGGAUAUACUCAGUCAAAAGUCCAUUAUCGACAAUAUUGAGGAUAAACUCAUAGUGAUGGCUAGAAACGGGUGGUUCGAUUCUGACGAGUCUGUUCCUCUCAAGGGUCAUUCUCGUCCUCGCAGAAGAGCUAGACAUCUUGCAGACAAAGAUUGGAUUUUUAAGAGAAAAUAGCAUGGUUCCUGACCACAACACUAAAGAAUUCAUCGAAGAGAGAAAAGAUUUUACUCUAGCUCUUUCUAUAAUUCUCUCAAACCUAUGUAGAGAUGAAAAGUAUGCGUUCAGGCUUUUAGAAGAAAACUGAGGGAAUCCGGAAGAAAAUUCUCUGAUUUUAGCAAGUAGUUUCUUACCAAAAUUUUUGAAUCUUCUGGAAUAUGACCCUGAUCAUCCAUUCAUUUCUGAGCAAAUCAGUAUUUUGCUCGCAAACUUGUCAAACUCUGAUAACUUUAAUUGAGCAAUUAUCUCAGAUAAGUGAGUCAGGUCAAUGAUGAAGAUCAUUUCUCUUCGUGACCAGAAGCAUCAGCCUACUCAGAUCUCAAUUCUGGCUGUACUUAUCACAACUUUAAAGCUUUCAAUGAACUCCACUACUUGUUUGGCCCUGAAUAAGACUCAUAUCAUGAAGUAUCUCUUGAGGAUUAUCAAGAUGAGUCCUGAAGCAAUAAAGCUAGAGCAAAAUACUAAGUAUACUCCAGAAAGAAUCAUGAGAGUGACAAAGUCUAUCGCUCUUCUUAUAGUUAGCAACAUAAUAACACUAAGAGAGUACUCCAAUGUUGAAAAAGACUACAUUGACUUUGCAAAGAACAUUCUGGAAAACAUAGAAGAGUACUCCCAAGAUGAAGAAAUUAUUAUUUCAAAUAAUCUUCUUUACUCAGGACUGAUCCUGUUUUAUAACCUUAUUGAAAGUAGCAGGAGUAAGAAGUAUGUCGAGCUUCUCUGAGAAACCCUGAGUGAUUACAUUUUAGGAACAACUCAUAAGCAAAUAAUUGACAUUUUACUAGAACUGAUCACCCUUUUCACUAGGUUUCCAGACACUUGCAAACUAGUGCUGACUAACCCAGCUCUUAUCAGAUUUGUGUUUGACAAACUCACUUCUAAAGAUCCUGAAACACUGGAGCUUUGCACUCUAGCCUUGAGUAGAAUCUCCGCUGAGCUGCUCAGCAAUAGCAACAAAGACCAAGAGGAUUCUGAAGAACAUGAUCGGAUUGUCAAGCAGUUCUCUCAAGGAGGGCAAGAGGGUGACAAACCACUAAUUAUCAGAUAUCCUCAAAUAAGCGAUGUAAUAAAAAGACAAGAACACGAAACAAGAAAUGGAAUUCUCAUUUACUACCUAAACUUUCUUGAAAAUUUCACAGCUCUUGAGAAGGUUCGUAAAUAAUAUCCAGAACAUGGAUAAACUGUAUAAGAGCAUGCUCAACAUUUUUAAAGAAGACAUCAGCCAUCUAAACCUGCUUUCAAUAAUCAACAUUCUGUUCAACAUUUCACUCACUCUAAAAUCUGCCAUUGAGUUUGAUCCUGGCAGUCUCCAGAAGCUCCAUGAUCUCUACCAAAAUAACAAGGAGAAUAAGCUAGACGAACAGAAACUUAGGAAAAUUAUAAUUUUCGUGGUUGCAGCCACAAGCAAAGAGUCUAAUCAUAAGAAGAUCAUUGAGCUGGGUUUUUAUACUCAAUUCAAACAAAAUCUAAACAGGAAGCAUAAGGAGCUGCAUAACAGCGAAGUAAAGCAAGAGGAAGAAGAACAAGAUCAAAUAGAACUUUACGGAGUUGUGAAUCUUGCAAUGAAUAGCAUGAACUUCAAGCUUAUCCACUCAGACAUGAAGCACAUCCAUACACUUGCUUGAAAGAGCAAGCACAUUGACUUCAAAACUAGGGUUGACUUAUUGUCUGAGAUCUCAAAAUAUUUUAGCUACAUAAACUCAGAAGAUAAGAGUUCUCGUCAGGCUUCUGAUUUCAGAGGCCAAAUGAAUCAGUCAAGUCAAAAAGAUUGUACCAGUAACCUUGUAAAAGCUCUGAUAUACACAAUGCGGAAGCUGAUUGAGUCUGUAGACACUACCAACUUUUGAGAAGUCAAAUAUCUACUAAGUGCAUUUUAUGAAUGUUCUCAGAGCCUAAAAAGUCCUUAUCUAGUGGUACUCAUUACAGUAAAAGACUACAUCUCCUUUUUACUCAAAAUCCUCAAAGGAGAGUUUGAAUAUGAACAACGAGUUUUCUCAUACUCUCUUAAAGUCAUAGCCUCAGAUAUCAUUUUCAAUUUGAAAGAUGAGAAAGAGCUGUUUAAUGUUCCUGAAAUAAAAGAGAUUUUUAAAUACCUAAUAAAGUUUGCAUCUGACAUCCUUCAAAUGGGAAUUGAAGCUAAUGUAAAAAUUGUCAUUCAUGCUUUGAGGUUGAUAUCGCAACUAUUUGCUGUAAUAUUUUGUGACAAAUCUAAUCCUGCUGACAAAGUAGACAUUGACAGAGUUAUAAGCUUUGUCAAGGAAGCUAUCUAUCUGAAUAAAGCUAUCCCAGCAAGUGUCAACAUUGAUGCCUUGUUCACUCUGACUAAUUUAAUGAACAUCGAGGAGUUUGCUCUUGACAAAUCUUUGAAGAAUGCAGACACAGUAGGAAAUGCCAUUGUUAUUUUCUUCAUUUUCACGAACCAAGUAGAACUUGAUGAGUGUAUUGUCUCUUUGCUUUACACAAUCUCUCACUACAAAGAGUAUCUACCUUUUAUCCAGGACAUUAAAAUAAACGUGAUAUUUCAUUUAUUAGAAAAACAUUUAAAGAACUAUGAGGGAAACAGCUCCAUCAUCAAGAACUUAUUCUCGAUUAUUUACAAUCUCACAGCUGAGAACGACAAAUGAGCUAUUAAAUUCCCAGAUGCAGAAAUCAUUAUUAAGAGAACCAUCACAAUGCUUGGCAUCAAUGCAUCUGAAGAAGAUACAACCAUCCAUGAGAUAGCUCUUAAAUCUUUAAUAAACAUCUGAAAACAUAGCAUUGAAAGUUUGGAGCAGAUGGAUUUGAUUGAAUUAUUCGAUCAAAUUAAUGAUGUAUUUGUAAACCUCUCUUUUGUUGCCCAGCAAUAUUCGUUCAGGUUCAUUACUAUCUUAAUCAACCAAUGGAACGAUAAAAAGAUUGAAGAGUACCUAACCACAAUUUCAAAAUUGAUAGCUAAAUUUAUCACUAAGUGGACGCAUAACUCUUUGAAGCAUCAGUCUAACGGACACAAAGAAAUGAACUAUUUGACUAUCAUCAUUGAGAAGAUCAGCCUGAACAACCAACUUAUUCAACAAAUUGCCGAAGGAAAUAAAGAGCUUAUGAUUGCUAUUUCCGACUUCAUUGCCAAAAAUUAUAAGGAGCAGUCAUUUUCAUUUAUUAUCGAGACUUUCUUGAUCUUCAUUAACAAGCUAUCUAAGUUCCCCAGCAGUGUGCAGAACCUUAUAGAUGCUGAUAUUCCGAGGGUCGGACUGGAAUACAUCUCACAUGGCCAGCAGAUACGAAUUGACAACAUGAAUGUGGACUAUCUAAUCCAGAAAUUGUCUUCAAUUCAGAAUGUGAUGAAAGUCAUCAAGAACUGUUGUGAAGCAAACAUUGAUCAUAGUUACAAAAAGCAAAUCCAAGAAAUGGUUAGCAAUAAAUAAUGAAAUGAUAAAUAUGUGAGACGAACUGCUCCAAGAAUACUCUGACCAUGAUGACAUAGCAAUUAUAGUUGUCAACAUUAUGAAUUGCUUUAACUCUAUCAAUAAACAACUUAAGCCAGCUCGAGUGAAGGCCUGGAUCGAAAAUUUCACAAAUCGGCUGAUAAAAUGUCCAAACUCCACUGAAGUUAAAAAUCCAUACAAAACGUGGUACAUGGAGAAAUAUGUGUUUAUUCUCGAACUUUUGGUCACCAAAAAUAUAGACAAGAUAGAGAAAGAUAUUACUCUAAAACUGACUGAGAUCACCAAGCUUGAUAAGACUCACUUCAACAGAACGACUUGGUAUAAAGUAGUCAAGAUUUUGGCUCAUUUGAGAUACCUUUCUUUUCUAUUUAAAGAUCAAGAAAUCUUUAAAAAUGUGUUCAUAUUCAUUCUUGAUGCUUGAAAACAUGCUAAAGAGAAUCUCUGAUUUUAUUUUAUCAUGAAAAUUGUUAGUCUAAUGAAGAAGGCAGAUAUGCACUUGUGCGUUAAGUCUUCUGGGCUUCUCAAAGAAUACAGUGAUUUCUUUGAUAUAUGCACAGACUUCCUGAAAGCCAAUUAUCAAGAAAAAUCUGACCCUCUAAUUCUAGAGAUAUUGCUUUAUGUUAUUGAGUUUUAUGACUACCUUCUAAAAUUUACAGAGCUCCAUGAUAUGUUGAAUGAAAACGAAAUUAUCUACACAAUAGCUUCAAUGUUAAGCAUUCACGAGAAUAAGCAUAUUUUAAAGGCAAUUUCAGUAAUACUUUCAAAUGCCUCCAAAUGUAUCAUCUUUAAUGCAGACUUUCUCACCAAUAACCGAAUGGAAAGCAUCCUCACAAAUAUUCUUGUAGCUGGAGAAGAUCAAGAGAGGUGUGGAAAUUUAUUUGAAUGUUGUCUCUCAAUUAUCAGCAACACCAAAGUGCCAGUCAAAUUCAUGAUUGCAUCUUCCAUCUUAAAACUGACUGAUCCCAGACUCAAAAUGAUCACAAGGGAUUUGAACAGAGACUGCGUGAUCCAGAUCAUUCAAGUUCUUACUUACAUUCUGAGCAACCUCGAAAGCACCAAGUUUGGGAAUGUUAAACAGGAAGAACUUUCGAGAAAGACUCACAAGUAUUGCCUCAUUGCUAUGACAAACAUUAUGAUCAGGUAUGACCCACAUUUGAUCUUUGAGCCAAAAAUAUCGGCAGCCAAUGGUGAUCUCAGACUGAUCAUGGCUGGGGCUUCUUUCGAGUCAGAUCCUCAAGUUCAUUUGAGAAUCCUCUAUAUUCUGUACAACGUUGCUGAUAUCAAGCCUUUAACCUCAGAAACUUCUGAAAUAAUCAUUGAGUUAUUAAUGAACAUUUACAACUUCAGAUAUGUUUUGACCAUGGAUGAUGACUAUCAUUUCCCAAUCAAGCCAUGAGCAUAUGCAAAGUCUCUGCAGCAAAACACCAAUGAGAAAGAUUCUUUGAUUAGCAUCAAGAAUCUCCAGAAAGAAAAUGAAGAAGCAUCUUCAAAUAGCAAAGCUGUACCUUUGUCAGAAAACAAUAUGGAGAGAAAUAGCAACAACAAAUCAAACUCUAGCGUUAUGAGAGAAACUAUUGAAGAGGAAGAAUCCAAACUUUGUUCUGAUGAAACUGCUGAUACAAACCUGUUCUAUUUCGAAAGCGAAGAGUUCGAACUUCGUAAGAUUGAUGGCCUUCGGAUGUCCCUAUGCAUGGCCAUAAAAAUUCUCAGUAGGCUUUCUUCAGUUAACAAAAGAGCAAAUUGCACUCAAAUUUUUAACUCAAAAUUUGACAGAUUUGAUGCUCUUUUUGAUUAUUUCUGGCCAAUUAUUAAUAGAAGAAGCAAUAAGUGCAAUGAAUAUAUUAUAUGAGUGCUAGAGAUUAUUAGAUUCGGAGCUGAAAUUGGAAAACUUGAAGAUAUUAUUCUCCGAAAAGACACAGUAAAGCACUUAAUAGGACUACUGAGAGUAGUCUUGUCUCAAGGUCAAAACGAAAUGAUAUUGAUAAUCCUAGAAAUAUUUAACCAUCUUUCCACAGAACCUAAGUUUUACAACUACUUACAGAUUGAAAGCCCAACGUCGCUUCUGGAUGACAAAUCUUUAAGAGAGAACAAGAAUGAAGCAAUAAAGGCAAAAGCAAACACUUUGUUCGAACAUGUUAUUAACAAUGAUUCUCAGAAGUACAGCUACAUAAUGCCCUAUGAUUCAGAAGAAUUGAAGAACAUCAAGACGGCUCCUCUUAAGAAGCAACUUUCCUUCUUGAAAAAUUUUGAAGAUGCUAUACAACAGAACAAAGCCAAGUUUGAUCAGCAGAAUGAUGCAGAUAUAGAGAACCUCAUCGAGGUAUGUACCUUUGACAAAUACAAUUCAAGCAUGGAGUCGGAGGAGUCUUUUAGCAACUUUGGAGACAUAUCAUACUUCCCUGAAGCAAAGGAUCCCAGCGACGACGAGCAAGAAGAAUCCCAACAAGGAAACAAAUUGCAUAGGAAGAUCUUACUAGCAAUUUCAAUUAUGAAGUGUUUAGCCAAAUCAAAACUAGAUAGGAUCAAGAGCAGGAUCCACAAAUUUGUGUCUCAUCAAAGGGAGACUCAUCUCCAAUUGCUUAAAAUAAGCAGUGAGCACUUGUACUCCAUCUUCGAGUUUUACCUUGAAUAUUUUAAGAAUAACUAUUACUUAAUUAAGAGCAACAAGCUGAUUGAGCAGAUGAUGUUCCAGAUGUCGGAGUUAAUCUUAAAUGAGAAAGAUCUGCCUUCUAAAGAUCUUAAGAAUGUGAUUGAAUUUUGUACCUUCAUAAUGAAGAAUUCUGAGACAGAGGAGUGUUUGCAGAAAAUCACUGAUUGCUCAAGGCUAAUGAUCUUUACCAUAUCGAAUAAAGAGGAAAGUAUCAGAAAUUCUAUUUCCUCCUUCAUAAAGUUGAUUUAUUUCAACCCAAUUUCUAUAAAUGAUUUAUGAUUGGAGUUUCUUCGAGAUUUAUUAUAUUCUACUGAGAAAGACGUCCACAACUUAGGACUAUUCUGACUAUUCUCGGUUUCACUGUAUAAAAUAAAUAUUGGGCACUUGAGAAAGCUUGGAGCAAUCCCUUUGUUGAUUAAGAAGCUUGAGUCUGGAAAGUAUGAUAAGAGGGUUAAUGCACUCAAGAUUAUCAUUAACUUUAUGGAAAUAUCUUCUCUUGAUGAAGAUUUAUUAAAGGAAAAGGAACAUCAGCUGUUUGAUUUCUUUCUUCAUUUUACUCAAUCGGAACAAGGAGAAGAACAGAGAUUAGCCACUAGAGCAUUAUCAAAGCUUCCAUUAGCAAUUCUCCAGGACAGAAAUCCAAGAAUACUCGAUAUCACACCUAAAGAUCAGCCAAGGAUGGCUUUUGCAAACAUAGAAGGUCUGAAUCCUAAAUUUGAACAAAAUCCUCAACAGAAAACUAUCAAAGAAGAGAUUACUGAGUCUUCAGUUUCAGAUGCCUCUAGUAAAAGCUUUUCAGAGAGUGAGUUUGAGAGAGAAGAUUCUAAAGAAAUAAAAAUAAAUAAACAAGGGGACGUCGAGGAGACUAAAGAAGCACCCGAGGAUACAAAAAGAACGACCAAUGAAAACAAGAAAAAGAAUAAAAGUGAGACUUCAAUGGUCAGUUCCUCAGACUCAUCAGACUCAGACAACUCCUCUUCAGAGAAGUCAAUGUCUCCUAUUGGGAGUAAGGGUAGUAUCCACUCAUUUAUCUCAUCCCUAAGUCUGAAGAUAAAGCCAAGAAAUAAUGCUGACUCUGACAUUCAAUAUUUUUCUCUGUAUUCUAUAUUCAAUAUUUUGCUCCAAAUCAACAUCAACAAUGGACAGAAGGUAUCUCAAGAAGAGGAAGCUAGAAAAGAAUCAGUCCCAAUGAAGGAGAAGUUCUGGAACGAUCUCUCAGUUAAAGAGUUUAACUCCAUGCUCAUUGAAUGAGGCUUGGUCAACCAUAUAAUAGCUCUAAUGAUCAAGUCUAAGGAUGAUGAUGUUAUCAGAAUCUCACUUAAGAUAAUCAUUUUGCUCACCUUUAAAGUCCCAAUCAAGGAAUUCCUAAAAUUUGGAAGUGGCUCUGAAAAAUUGUGGAUAAUGUCUUGCCUUUCGAAUGACACAGAGAAUUACAACUACUGCAAUUUCCAGAGUUUCCUUGGAUACGUUCUUCAUCGCUCCAAAAAGGAAGAUAUAGACAUUACUUCUUUCAUGCCUGUCGAAAGCAUUAACUCUUUCAUUCUCAAACUUUGCAAUGAUUUCAGAGAAGAUGAACUACUAGAGCUCAAUGUUAAAGGCAAUAGUUCCAAAAAGAAACUCAUAAUUUACAAAUUCUUCUUUGUGAGUUACUUAAUUUCCCUGCUAACCAAGAUCCUCGAUCAGAAAUGCAACAAGAUUGAGAUCGACAUCAGACUUGGGGUCAAGCAGCUGUGCUAUAACUUCAUUGAGAUUUGUCAAAGCAUCCAUAUUUCAGACUUGGGUUUAUCAAAGCUCCUUCAAAAUAUUGAAGAACAGAACAAAAAGCGAGAAGAAAGAUAUCAGCUGAAAAUAGAAGGAAGAUCCUCAAUAAUAGGCGUCAUUGUUAGCCUCUGAAUGAAAACCAUUUACAUAGAGUGCCUUUCUUCAAAUAAAAAUGAGGAUAAGGAAGACCUCAUACUUGAUAAAAGAGCCACUAAUGUCAUUCAUGAUGACCCAAAAGAAGAAAAGAUUAGGACUCUUAAUAAGAAAACCUGCCAGUUAGUCCUGAACAACCUCACGAAAUUUGAAGAUGUGGGAGAGAUUAUUGACACCUCAUACAAAUAUCUUUGCUGCUUCUUUGAAAAUGUUACUGAUGAUAUAAAGCAAGAGUACACAGAGCUUUUAGAAAACUCUAAAGUGUUGGUAACCCAAGCUGUAAAGCAUGUGGCUGUAUAUAAAUCUGAAAGUGCUCUUAAAUUCAUUAAUUUACUAAUAAAAGCUAGCUCAAAGUACAAGAACAAGCAGGAAAUUGAAAAUGCGUUGAGAAAUUUAAUGUCAAAAGGCAGAAUGGUCAAGAAAUAAAUUGAUUUAAAUAUCGCAUUCAAUAC